AUGGAGGAGCCGAAAUGGCUGGAAGGUCUCUUAAGGACAAACUUUUUCAGCAUUUGUGCUCUACACCGCGAGGCACCGCGAAAUGAGUGCAACAUGUUCUGCCUCUAUUGUCAAAACGCUGCGUUUUGCUUCUACUGCCGCUCCUCCCUCCACAUUGACCAUCCCGUCCUGCAGAUCAGAAGAUCGUCUUACCAUGAUGUGGUGAGAGUAUCCGAGAUAGAGACGGUAUUGGACAUAAGAGGAAUCCAGACUUACGUCAUCAACAGCGCGAGGGUUCUCUUCUUGAAUGAAAGACCUCAGCCUAAGAAUUCCUCUCAUGGUGCCGCGUCCUCCACCCCCAAAACCAUGUCCUACUUCUGCGAGAGAUGUUGCAGAACCCUUCUUGAUCCUUUUCGUUUCUGUUCCUUGGGAUGCAAGGUUGAAGGAAUAAGGAAGAAUAAGGAAGAGGAAGAAGAGAGAUUGCGUAAAGAAAGACAACAAGAAACGCACAAAGUCACGCAUCCUCCAACUCAUACUUCUAAUUCUAGGCGACGAAAAGGCAUUCCUCAUAGAGCUCCUUUUGCCUCCUAA